AUGCAGCCUGGGAACCUGCUGAUUUAUGGAGGCUUCUGGCUUCCCAGAGCAUGCUACACGUUGCUGGGCCGGGCAGCAGAGGGCUUCAAGGGCUCCUACUUGAAGGCCUGUGAAGACCCAGAGGACAAUGCUGGGACAGCGAGACAACAGCUGGAACAACAGAGGUUGGAGGCGCAGAAGAAGAUGGAGCAGCUGGCAAAAGCCCUGACAGAGAUGGAUGCAGGAUCUGCCAUCAAAGCUGCCGCUGCAGCAGCAUCCUCCGAAGAAGCCUCCUCUCCGCAGCCCGAAAACCCGAGUGUGGCCGUAAAGCAAGUUAAUCUCCAGCACCAGGGCUGCGAGGAUGUGUUGAAGGAAAUCCUGGUCAUGAAGGAAUAUAAGAACCCCAAUAUUGUCACCUACCUAGAAAGCUACCUUGUCAAUGAGGAUGUCCUGGUGGUGUUGGAGUAUAUGGAUGGAGGCUCCUUAGCUGAUGUGGUCAGCAUGAAAAGGAUGGCUGUAGGACACAUAGCAACAGUGUGUCGGGAGAGCCUGCAAUGCCUGGCUUUCCUUCAUGCCAACCAGGUGAUCCACAGAGACAUCAAAAGUGACAACAUCCUUCUGGGCCAGGAUGGCUCCGUCAAGCUGGCUGAUUUUGGCCUCUGUGCUCCGCUCAGCCCUGAGCAGAGUAAACGGAGGUCGAUGGCCGGGACCACUUGCUGGAUGGCACCCGAGGUGGUGAGAAGAGAGCCAUACGGCCCCAAAGUGGACAUCUGGUCCCUUGGCAUCGUGGGAAUAGAAAUGGCCAAAGGAGAGGCUCCUUAUAUUCGGGAAACCAGUGAGAGGGUAAGGUGCAAAUACGCUCAGAGAGCGGUGUCCUUCUCCUCUGUG